UACACGCGACACAAAACACACAUGACAACCAACCCAAUAGCAACUCAUGCUCAGUGGGCGGUGUCAAGAAGAGUUCACUCAUCCGGUAGAUAAAGAUCUGAUCGAGAUCCAAGCUUCUAGUGGGGACUGGUGUGGGUUUUUGGAUAUGGAAGACGGUCACCGGAAAGUGCAGAAGAAACCCGUACGCGUCAUCGCAGCUGUGUGCAAAGAAAGGGGCAUCGGAAAAAAUGGCACACUGCCCUGGAAUCUACCAUCUGAAUUCCAGUACUUUCUCCGCAGUGUUACACAAGUCUCCAAACCAGGAAAGUUUAAUAUGUUGGUGUGGGGCAAACUGUGCUGGUUCUCCAACCCUCAAACUAUGUUCCCAAUGGCUAAUGUUUUGAAUGCAGUCCUGAGUGAAACACUGGCGACAGUUCCAGAUUAUGCCCAUUUUCUGUGUCAGGACCUGAAGAGUGCUGUCCUUAUGGCUGCACAGUACCCGCUUGCAGACUUGAUUGAGACCAUUUGGGUUGUUGGAGGCACUCGGGUCUACAAGGAUGCACUGGAUCAUCCCUGGUGUGAUUUAGUGUUCCUGACGGAUAUCAUGGCUGAAUUUGAGUGUGAUGUCUUCUUCCCUGAGAUGGAUCCACAAGUUUUCAAAAAGCAAGAAAGAUUUGCUGGAGUCCCAAGUGGAAUCCACGAGGAGAAUGGCAUUAAAUAUCAAUUCCAGGUAUUCAAGCGGAAUGAUGCACAUAGAAGAAAUGAAGAGAAUGUUUUGAACGACAAUUAAAUGUUUUAUGUUUUGCUAUCGUAAGAUCACUGUAAAACUUCGGCAGUAUUCCAGUUUUUAUACCCAAAUGUUUUGUAUUAGUUCUGACUGUAAUGAAAACAAAAAAAAAUGCUGUACUGUUGUGGGUAAUUGACUGUUUGCACAAGAGUAUGUCACACCCUGGUCAUUCUGUUUCACAAAUUUUAAUAGUGGUUUGGAUGGCGCCCCCCUGAUUCUAAGUUAUGAGAAACAUAAUCUUCACUGAGAAUCUGUUCCCUCGGUUUACUUAACCUGUUCUCUCAGACCAAUCAACUGUACCCACAGUUUACGAAUCUAUACCCUCAGUUUUGCAAAUCUUUGGGGCUGCAUUGUAAUCCCUCUAUAUCUGUCAAACCCCACUUCCCCCGCCGUGGACUGCCUGCAAAAACUUUGGCAUUCUGGGUUACAUGGUCAAUGAGAUCCGCAAUGGACCUUGACAAAAAAUAAAAUUCCAUCUUUUUAAGGCUCA